AUGGAGAAAGAUCACGAUUUAGCGAAUGCUAUCACCCAAAAGAUGAAGGACUAUUUUGGACCGAUACGUAUCACCGUUGGACGUCGCCAUGAGAAACGGUCUGGAGCGAUCUUCACCUGCCUGACAACGCGAGCGAUUCAUUUGGAAGUGGUCCACUCGCUUACAACAGCCUCCUGCAUUCUGGCAAUCCACCGAUUCUUCGCGAGACGUGGAUCACCACCUAAGAUCAUCAGUGACCAGGGUACUAAUUUCGUCGGAGCAGCGCGAGAGCUACGAGAAGCCUUGAAGGACGUCGACACGGAAGCGUUAAUGGAAAGGUUUUCGAGUCCGGUAAUAAAUUGGAUUUUCAACCCACCAUCCGCGCCUCACUUUGGUGGAUCUUGGGAGCGUCUGGUCCAAUCGGUCAAGAAGACGCUAAGCCUGGAUUUAUCCAAAACUCCGAGCGACGAGCAGCUGUCAUCAACCCUAACGGAAAUAGAACUGAUUAUUAAUUGCAGAUCACUGACCUCGGACGGAGCUAAGCCAGAAGCGUUCCUGGAUGAUUCGCCGGCAGCUGUAAAGGCAUCGUGGUGUGCUGCACAACAUAACGCGCAGCUAUUCUGGAAGAAAUGGACCGAAGACUACUUGCCAACGCUAACCCGGCGAACGAAGCGGUUCGAACCAGUAGAACCAAUCGCGGUCGGCGACAAGGUGUGGAUUAUCGAUGGAAACCUACCUCGCAGUUGCUAUCCGAAAGGACGUGUAAUCGCAAUAGUUAGGGCAAGAGUCGGUCAGGAUAGACACACGACGGUACAGACUAACAGCGGUACAAUCGAACGACCCGCUACUAAAAUCGCUGUGUCUGACAUACGUGCCGGUGUCAAAACGUCAGGUGAGAAACCCUUCAUGGGAGAAAUUUUCGGUUUCCUGACUGAGAAGCUGAAUUUGGUACCCCAGCAAUUGGAAAUGGUCCAAAUGCUAAGCAUGACCGCAACGGUCAUAGUGGAAAAGAAGAGCGAGGAAGAGGCUCACCGCGUGGUAGAGCUGAAUGAUGGCAAACAUACGAUAGCGUCCAAUGGGGUGAAUUACCUCAUUCCGCUCAAAAUGGAGGACAACACCACGAUUGUACAGGUGCAGGAAUGCCCUAGCAAAAUCACUAACGCCGACCUCAAGUCGGUCCUAGAAAGGUAUGGCGAGAUAAAGGAGGCCAAGGACCUCUACUGGGACGAAAACGGGCUUUUUGCGGGUGUAAAAAGCGCGACAAUGCGACUGUCCCGCCUUUCAUUUAUAUCCGCGAUUAUGGUAUUAUUUCUGCUGCUGCUGGGAGGUACCAAGGCAGCAUAUUUCAGGCAUUUUGUGUUAAACGUUCUUGUUACUGACGGGAACAAAUCGGACUACGGUCCGCCGUACUGA